ACAGCCUUUCACGAACAGCCCACAGAAGCUCUCUUCUGUCUACUGCUGCACAAGCCAGUGAGACCAACCCACAGGACACAGAGAGACCAUGAAGAGCCUGCUCCUUCUCUCCAUCCUGGCUGCCUUGGCCGUGGCAGCUCUGUGCUACGAAUCUCAUGAAAGCAUGGAAUCCUAUGAAAUUAAUCCCUUCAUUAACAGGAGAAAUGCUAAUACUUUUAUGUCCCAGCAACAGAGAUGGAGAGCUAAAGCCCAAGAGAGGAUCAGAGAACGCACCAAGCCUGCCUAUGAGAUCAAUCGGGAAGCCUGUGAUGACUUCAAGCUUUGCGAACGCUUUGCCCUGGUUUAUGGAUACGACGCUGCCUACAAUCACUAUUUCCGGCGGCGCCGAGGAAGCAAAUGAGAUUAGAAAAAGUCUCUUCCUUUCCAGAGCCUGGUGUCUGGUUUUGUAUUCCUUUGCAGUAGCAUCACCGAACUACAUAAACACAUAAGAAUUGCUUACUUCUUAAAUGUUCUUGUCUGGCUGCUGCUCUCCUUCCUGAUCCCAGGCUGAUACACAGUGUUAAGUGCAAUGUUGUGAAAGGUCAAGAGGGAGUUAAGAUGUGUGAUUAUUAUGUAAUAAACUGUUGGUUGGAUACUUUCA